CUGCAUGCUUCACACUAGGAACGCCGUUACUUAGCAAGAAUAGAAAUGAAUUUUGCAGAAGGUCUACAAUGGUGUUGACGUCAAUGUCGUUAUUGGGACUUUCAUUUGUCGGGACGACAGAACUAUGGACAAUACAUUAUCCUAGGAAAAGGGUUCAGCUGAUCUUUAAAGACUUUUUCGUAGCAUGUAAAAAUAAAGAUGGCAUCGGCUCAACACUCAAGGUUAUUGAAUCAACAUAUGAACGAACGUUUUGUAGUUUAUCCCGACCUCCGGAUACAAUUUACUCGGUGUCAGAUUUGAUCAAUAUCUCAUUUGCAAGGAGCGAAAUUCGGAUACAUGAAGUACCGUAUACGGAAGGUUUUCGGCUCAUCUACCAUGUCAUGAAUACUUCGUAUGAACACCUGAUUGGUUUUGAAACUAAGAGAAUCGAAGGUAAGUUAUAUGUGCUUUUUGUUCACAAGUAAAUAUAGUCUUUUUGGAUAGCUUUCUUUCAUCAAGAAUAUACUGAAAUACACUUUGCGUCCAUGUACAAUUGUUCUAUAAC